AUGCCACCGGCGCCGCCACCGAAGGAAGUGGGUGGUGACACCCACAUCAUUGUAAGCGGCUGCAGCCAUCAAGUCGUAGGCACCAUCGUCAACGGAAAGUACGUUCGGACCGGAGAGAACCACGGCAAGCCAGUCUACAAAAAGACAGAGCAGACCAAAGACGGUGUGGAUGUGCACAUCUACUUCUGGGAUGACAAAGCAAGCCCAACCUUUUGUGGCUGGUGGUUUGGACCUCGGGUAGGUGCGGAGGAGGUUUGGGCAUACAACCCAGGCCGAAUGUUGGGAACUGCGCCGCUGGGUGGUUGGAAAGUUCCAUACGACGGCCCCGUCGACACCAACUUCACGAUCAGCGUGGAUAGGCUGGCAUCUGACGAAGACCGUCGCCUGAAGAAAGAGGCAGCGGCGAAGCAACAGGCAGAGGCCGCCAGGGCAAGCAGACAAAUCCGCGCGGUGGUGUCGAAGCUGGCAACAGUGAAGAUCGAAACGUUGGAGACGUUGGAGGAGGAGUUGACCGCAGUCCUUGAAAAGGAGCUUGAGGCGUGUGGACCCGAGAAGGACAAAGUCAAGGAGGAGUGUGACAAAGCGCUGGAGCAGGCGAAGUCCAAGAUAACUCAGCAAAAGGAAGCGAAGGCACUGUUCGUUUUCAUCUCGGCUGUGGUGAAAGGGGUGGACACAUGGCACUUUCUUACUGAGCAGCCCCCCGGCUGCGCACAUGAGGAAUUGCCGGGAAAUCAGUCUGGCGUGAAGGUCAUAGUGGCUGGUUUUGCCAAGAGUGGUACACGCACUAUCUGCCACGCGCUGAACGACAUUGGCAUCAAUGCGUAUCACAGUGAGGACUUUCACUUCUUGCCAUGGUGGGACUUCAUAACUGAGGCCCAGCGCGGACCAACAUCGCAGAGCUGUUUUUGCUGCUCGCAGGGUUCUGAUAUUAACCGCGCUUAA